CAGUCUACACGUUGUGUACUAUUGAAGUAUGGAUUCUCAUCUUGUGAUCUUACGAUUGUGCUCUUGAAAUGGUCGUAUUUUACAGCUUUCGUGGAUAAUGUAAGCGGUAUUUACAAUGGCGAUGAGAGAAAUAAAGUUAUGUCUCCUCGGGGACUCGGGAGUUGGUAAAUCCAGUAUAGUUCAAAGAUUUGUGAGUGAUACGUAUUAUGAAUCCAUCCCUCCAACUAUAGGUGCCUCAUUUAUGUCCAAGACGUUAGCGGUUGAUGAAAAGAUGUACAAAUUUCAAAUUUGGGAUACAGCAGGUCAAGAAAAGUAUCGAGGUUUAGCACCCAUGUAUUAUAGAGGAGCUGCUGCAGCUAUAGUGGUCUAUGACAUCACAAGUCAGGCAUCAUUCAGUAAAGUACGAGACUGGAUCCGAGAGUUGAGACAACAUGGUCCAGAGAACAUUGUUAUAUCAAUAGCUGGGAACAAGUGUGAUUUAGAGGAUUUAAGAGAGAUUCCGGUCAAGAUCGCCGCGGAAUAUGCUGAAGAGGUCGGAGCGGUAUUCACGGAAACGAGCGCCAAGACAGCAGCAAAUAUCAAAGAAUUAUUCAUUGCAAUUAGUAAAAAACUUCCACCGGAAGUCUUAGUACCAAGUUACGGCACGGACACGGUCAACUUGAGGAACCAGAAAGAAAAGAAAAAGAGAGGUCGAUGCUGCUGACCCCAACCAAAGGUCACCGGAGGUCAUAGGUCAAUUCUUAGCCAGCCAUGCUCUCGUGAUCAUCUGAUACACCUACACUGAUUCAUGUAGCUGCCGCCAUGUUGUAUGUUCCUUAGGCUUUUGAGAAGUGCCUUUCUAGAAGAUGGUGGAGCCUAUGUUUCCAUCACCUUUCCUACUACGAAUGCUUCAGAGGAAGUCAUCGUACUACGUCCUUGCCUAAUGCAACGCUGCCAAACUAGUCUUAUACCCCAGCCACACCAACGAAACAGACAACAGAUCGAAAACAAACUUUUACUUUACCACAAGUGUCCAAGAAAUGGUCGAGAGUGGAGUCAGUUUGGCAAUUCUAAUGAGGUAUUAGAAAUUUGACUGACAGGAAAGUUAUUUAAAGAUGAGGGCCGAGUUUUGUGAAAGUUAAAAAAAUGUGAGCUUUUCAUUAUUUGUUUGUUAGUAAGAAUAUUAUAGAAAAGGAUGGCUCUUCCAAUGCCCUCACAUUUAAAAUACAUGUAUAACAUGUAGCUGUAUGGGUAGUCCCACAUACACAUUUCUGUGUACAGUGCAAGACUCAUUCACCGCCUUAUCAUUUUGAUGAUUCCAAAACCUCAUAAUAAAUGCCAAUACAUAUGUCCUAUACAAUUAACCUUUUCCAGUCGCUUCCAAAUAGUUUCUUUCACAAUUCAGUCGCAUCAUCAGAACUUGGGUUUAUCUUAAAGUUUAAAAAAUGGCCUUUAAGAUCAUCAGAACCCUAAAUUGUCUGUGACCGAGAAGUAUUACUAUCGCAUAUCUGUGUGUAGCCUGAGAUAGUUUAAAUCUGUUUAUAAACUUCCAAGACCUUUUUUUUCUCUAGUCUUGAUUGAGUGGUCCUGCAGUGGAGAGGGUUGGUUGCAGUAUUUGUAGUGAUAAAAUCAACAUUUCUAUUUCCCCUUUCUGAGAUAUAAAUAGUGCAAACUUGUGGGCUCAUAUUCAUAAUCAUAGAGCGCCAAGUGUUAAACUGUACAAAAUAGUUUAAUGAAUGAAACGAUAAUGAGAAAUUGAGAUCAUAGUGUGUUCAAUUAGUUACAAAAUGUUGGUACCUUUUUACAAGAUGAAGGGGUUAACACUUAACUCAGUGGACUAUUGUCUGGACUGAAAUAUUUAGCGACAAAAAUAAUGAUGUAUCUACCAACUGUUUCACUUCAUUAUCCAAGGGUUAACGCAUGAUCAUUCGUGGAGUUGAAAAUGAUCCCCUAUUUGCUAAACUUUCAAGAACAUUUUCUACAAUAAAUGACCCCUUUUUUCCUAAAAACUGGUACAAAUUAGGCUUUAAAUAAAAUCUAACCCUAAUUUAUUUUUGACCUCAAUGAUUACUAAGUCACAAAAAUUACGAUAUUUUCCUACCGGAAUUUUUAUCUCAAAAUGGAGGCUAGCAGUUUAUUCGGUAUGGAUAUUAGUGGAGUACCGAAGUGUAUCGGUGGUAUUUGAUGAUCAGGAGAAAAUGGUUUGAAUUUCUUUCUUCCUUUAUCCUAGUGCCAUGUAUAUAGUAUUAAAAAGAUCUUUAUAUAACUAUACAUAAAAACAUUUGUAUCUAUUUCAAAUUGUACAUUGCAAUCAUGUGCUCAAUUAUAUAUGCAUUUUUAAAAAUUAGAGUGAAGUGUGAAUUACGUGCUUUCUUAUGUUCAAACUAAGUUUGCUGUAAAUGUGAUUUAAAAUGUAAACCAUUUUGAUGUUCAAGGUCAUGAAGUGGGAAUAUGCAGGCGUAUUUUAGUGCAUAUUUCCAUUAGACUUGGAAUCAAGUGUUUGAUUCCAUGUGUGGUGUAUACACGGAGGAGGCACUUCAUCUAUGAUGUCUCUCUUUACUCAUUUGUAGUUGAUGAAUUCCUGGGGGGUGUUUCACAAAGAUCCUAAAUUGAACUUAACAAUUAUGAAAAGCCACUAGCAUCUUUGAAAAUAUUUUGUAAAAGAUAUUUUAAAAGGCAUAAAAUGUUGUUUCUAAUUAAGUUGACUUAGGAUCUUUGUGAAACACCCCCCCCCCCCCAGUUAAUACAGUAUUUGUUGAUGAAUUCCUUGUAAUGCAGUAUUUGUUGAUGAAUUCCUUGUAAUGCAGUAUUUGUUGAAGAAUUCCUUGUAGUGCAGUAUUUCUUGUUUAAUUUCUGGUAAUGCAGUAUUUGUUGAUUAGUGCUAUUAGAACUAAAGCUUGGGUAAAUGGCCUACUUCCAAAACGUUUUUUUUUUUUG